GAACUAAAAGCCUCGCCAUGUGGUCCGUGCGUACUUUCAUCCCGCCCACAGGACCCUCCUGCUUCCGACACGUUGUGCAGUAACGGUGCGAGCGCGCACUGCCAAGGAUGCAUAAAAGCAGAGGACAGUACGCGCCCCCCCGCAUGCCAGUCGCAGCUCCAUGUUUUGCCCUGCCCUUGUGCGCCGCGCGUGUGUGUCCGCUGCUUUUCGCACACUGACACACGGAUCCAGCCGUGUGUCUCCGCACGGGAGAAGUUGGUGGCACAGACACCAACACCAAGUCGAAACCGCAUCCUGAAGCGGAUUCCAGCUGGAACCGACCGCACGCACCGGCAUCAUCUUUAUGAGGGAAAGACGCGAUCAAGCUUUGGCGACGAGGUGGACGUGCCAGCGUCUGAAGUGAUUUUUUUUUUCGUCUCUCUUUUUCAGACACUCUUGCUUACUCGCACCUUUGGAUUUCCUCUUUUCUUUUCCUUUUUUUAAAUUUUGCUGAGGGAUAUAUUAGUUUAAAUCAUUCCCCAGGAUUUCACUGAUGUGUGCGAUGUGGAGAUUGCAAGUUGCCUUAUGCGCUCUGUCGGUGCUGUCCGUGUCAUUUGGUGGUGAGAGCAAAGCGCGCAGCUGUGUCGACGUUAGACAGGCGUACAUCGCCAAAGGAUUCAGCCUCGUCAAUGUACCCAAUCAGGAAAUAUCAGGUGAACACCUGCGCGUUUGUCCUCAGGGAUACACCUGCUGCACAUCUGAAAUGGAGGACAAACUCAACCAGCAGAGUAAACUGGAGUUUGAGAAUUUGGUUGAGGAGAACAGCCGCACGAUGAGAGAGACGUUUAUCUCAAGGCAUAAAAAGUUUGACGAGUUUUUCUUGGAGCUGCUGGACAAUUCUGAGAAGUCUCUCAACAGUAUGUUUACACGGACAUAUGGGAAGUUGUACAUGCAGAACUCAGAGGUGUUCCAGGACUUGUUCACUGAGCUAAAGCGCUACUAUACAGGAGGCAAUGUCAACCUGGAGGAGAUGCUGAAUGACUUCUGGUCCAGGUUGCUGGAGCGCAUGUUCCAAUUACUCAACUCCCAGUAUCACUUCACAGAUGACUACUUGGAGUGCCUCGGCAAAUACGCAGAUCAGCUGAAGCCCUUUGGAGAUGUGCCCAGAAAACUGAAGGCUCAGGUCACCAGGGCCUUUAUUGCUGCACGGACGUUUGUUCAGGGACUAAUGGUUGGUCGGGAGGUGGCCAACAGGGUCGCCAAGGUGAAUGUGGUUCCAGCAUGUGUCCGAGCUUUGACCAAGAUGCUGUACUGUCCGUAUUGUCGUGGCAUGCCUGGGCUGAAGCCGUGCCACAACUACUGUCACAAUGUUAUGAGAGGCUGUCUGGCAAAUCAGGCGGACCUGGAUGCUGAAUGGAAUGUCUUUCUUGAUGCAAUGUUACUGGUGGCAGACAGAUUGGAGGGACCAUUCAACAUUGAAGCAGUGAUUGAGCCAAUAGACGUCAAGAUCUCAGAAGCUAUCAUGAUCAUGCAGGACAACAGCAUGCAAGUGUCAGCAAAGGUUUUCCAAGGAUGUGGCCAGCCGAAGCCCUCAGGAAUGGGCAGGAUGACACGAGGGAUUUCAGAUGUGUUUAUUGCGCGUUUCAGACCUUUUCCCCCUGAGGAGAGACCCACCAUAGCCUCUAGAACCAGCAUGGAAAGACUGAGGGAUGUCUGGAGGACAAUGCAACACAGUGUGAUUGACAUCAAAGAGAAGCUGAAGGAGUCCAAGAGGUUCUGGUCCAAACUGCCAGAUGACAUCUGUGCCAAGGGCAAACUUAGUGAUUCUGAUGAGGAGCAGUGCUGGAACAGCCAUAUGAAGGGCAGAUAUUUCCCUGAAGUGGUGAAGGAAGGUCUAACCAAUCAGGUCAACAACCCUGAGGUGGAUGUGGACAUCACCAGGCCCGACACCCUGAUCCGACAGCAGAUUAUGGCUCUCCGUGUCAUGACCAACAAGCUGAAGAAUGCCUACAAUGGAAAUGACAUCUACUUCCAGGACUCCAGUGAUGAGGGCAGCAGCUCCGGCAGCGGCAGUGGCUGCACUGGCGGCUGCACCACAGAGAUGGUUUUCAUUGGAACAGAGGCUCCUGUGAUCGGAGCCGACAGGAGCGAUGAGCGUGCAGCAGCGGCAGGCAGGUUGCCCUCCCAUCAGCCGUCUCUGGUGAUGCUAAUUGUUGUCGUGGCGCUCCCUCUGUGGGCGCUGCAGAUACAGUGGAGAUAAUACACGAGCAAUCACAGACCUUUGUACUGUUACGUGCAGUAUGUUGAACAGUAAGUGCAAAUGCUGUUGACGUUCCCUCACUGGACAUGUAGAAGCUCCUGGAGACAUGUUGGGCUGCUGUAAGGACUGACGUGAGUGCAGUGCUGCAUCCUGCUUGUCCCCCAAAGAAUGCUUGGUGCCAUCACUGAACCAGCUUUCACACCUCUGAAAAAGAGAAUGUGUUGUUUUCUCAUUGUUCUGGAGUCGGUUCUGACAACAUGUUUCUCUUCUAGAAAGUGAUAACCUUCUUAAGAUGGUUCACAAUUCUUCAGAGAAAUGGGAUUUUUUUUUUUCUUUAUGAUAGAUUUCUGAGAUAAGAGCCAUUUCAUCCAGCCAGUGCUCCCGAUCAGCGGAAAACAAGAGU